AUGGACGAUUACCUUAAAUUAUCAAGUUUACAAACAAAUAUUCAGAAAAUCUGCCGAACUUAUUUAUUAAAAGAAUGUACUUCAAUACAAAUCGAUAUGGCCGAUGAUUUCCCAAAAUCAAUUUGUCUUGAAUGCAUUAACAAAUUAAACACUGCUUUAGAUGAUUUUGUCGAAACUUCUACUAAUAAAAAUAAAAAUAUUUUGAACGUUUCUAAGAAACAAGAUAUUAAUUUGGAAAGUGUAAUUAAUAAAUUUGAGAAGAAUAUUAUACCUUAUGAUCUUGAUGAUGAACCUUUAAAUAAAAGACUAAAGAUUGAAAACAGAGACGAAGGAAACGAUUGUGAUAUUUCUGUUCAAAGUAGUGAAGAGUCUGUAGUUUUAAGUGCCAGAAAAACUAAAUGUAAUAAAAAAUCUAGCAAUGAAAAAUUAGAAGUGGAGGAAGAAGAUGCUUCAAUAAAAAAUGAACUCUCAUGUUCUAAGUGUAAAAAAUCUUUCGAAUUAGAAGGAGAUCUAGAAAUUCAUAUGUUGAAACAUCAAAAGUUUAAAGAGUAUAAUUGUCCUAAGUGUUCAAAAUCAUUCGCAAACGCUGCAAAAUUAAAAAGACAUUUCAAUACACACAUGAUUCAAAAGCCAUAUAAAUGUAAUAUUUGUGAUAAAAGUUUUGCUGGAAUUAGUGAACGUAAACGUCAUUUACAAAAUCAUAAUGGUAAAACACCUAUAAUCAAUGAUGGAUUACCAUGCCCUCAAUGCAAAAAAUAUUUUAAGUUAGAGGUCGAUCUACAAAUUCAUAUGUUGGUACACAAAAAAUUCGAUGAAUUUAUUUGUCCUAUAUGCUCAAAGGAUUUUAAAAAUAAGAACAAUUUAACACAGCAUUUGAAUAUACACAUGACUGACAAACCGUAUAAAUGCAAAUUUUGUGAUAAAAGUUUUGCUGGAUCUGGCGAUCGAAAUUGUCAUUUACGAAUUCAUACAGGAGAAAAACCUUUAGUAUGUUCAUCAUGUGGUGAACGAUUUCAAGAUUCUGGCAGAUUAUCAAUUCAUAUAAAAAAAUAUCAUAUUGGAGUUAAAAACUUCGUGUGCACAGUAUGUUCUAAAUCAUUUACUUUUGCACCGGAACUUCGAAGUCAUAUGCGUGUACAUACUGGUGAAAAACCUUAUUUAUGUACAGAAUGUGGGAAAAGUUAUAGUCACUUUAAAGAUUUAAAAAAACACAAACUAAAACAUUCAGGAGAAAGUCCUUAUUCAUGUACAGAAUGUAAUAAGAAUUUUCUGUCAAAUUAUUAUUUAAAAGUGCAUAUGAGAACGCAUACAGGUGAAAGACCAUAUCCAUGUAAAAUAUGUAAAAUGGGUUUUGCCAGAAAAGAAUCUCUUGUUAUACACACUCGAACACAUACUGGUGAGAGACCAUUUAGUUGCAAUAUUUGUGAAAAGACUUUUAAAUCAAAUAAAAAUUUAUCACAACAUAAACGAACACAUAGUAAAGAAAGAUUUGAAAUUUUUAAAGAAAUGGACGUUCGAUUAUCAAAUAUACAAGCAAAUUAUCAGAAAAUUUGCAGAACUUGCUUGAUAGAAAAAGAUAAUUUACAAGAAAUUUAUGGUAUUGUAGAUUUAUUAAAAGAAUGCACUUCAAUACAAAUUGACAUGGGGGAUGAUUUACCAAAAUUAAUUUGUACUGAAUGCACUAACAAACUUAAUACUGCGUUUGAAUUUAAAAAGCAAUGUGAAGUGUGUCAAAAAAUUUUGCUACAGCUAAGAGAAUUCGGGGAAACAUCUGUUAAAUUAGAAAGUGUCGGAACAAAUUUUCAAACACAUAAAAUUGAAAGUUUGGAAACAAAUGAGGUAGAUAUUAAAUCUGAAGAUUCUUAUAAUGUAAACGAGGAUAAUUCUGAUGUAUGUAUUGAAAAUAAUACAUUUAAACUUAGCGACGCAUUUAGUUUUGUAAAAAUUAAACCUUUAAGCAACUUGGAUGAGUUAAUUGAAACAACUACUAAUGAAAAUAAGAAUAAUUUGGAAGUUUCUAAAACACAAAAUAUUAGCUUAGGAAGUUCUGAUGCGAUCACAGAGAAAAAUUGUUUGCCGUUCGAUGUUGACGACGAACCCUUAAACAAUAGAUUAAAGAUUGAAAACAGUUUUCAUGAAGACAACAAUUGUGAUAUUCCUAUUCAAAGCAGUGAUGAAGAUGUAGUUUCAAGAAAAAAUAAAUAUAGUAAAUUAAAGGAUAAGCGGGAAUUGGAGGUGAAAAAUAAAGAAAUUUCUUUAAAAGAUGGAUCAUCAUGUCCGAAAUGUGCAAAAUCUUUCGACUUAGAGGCUGAUCUAGAAAUUCAUAUGUUGAAACAUCAAAAGUUUAAAGAAUUUAUUUGUCCAAAAUGUUCAAAAUCAUUCGCAAACGCUGCAAAAUUAAAAAGACAUUUCAACAUACACAUGAUUAAUAAGCCAUAUAAAUGUAACAUCUGUGAUAAAAGUUUUGCAGGACUAAGUGAGAGAAAUCGUCAUUUACGAGUUCAUAACGGUAAAAUAAUAUCUACAAACGGUUUACCAUGUCCUCAAUGUAAAAAAUGUUUUGAAUUAGAAGUAGAUCUUCAAAUUCAUAUGUUGAAACAUACAAAAUUUGAUGAAUUUAUUUGUCCUAUGUGCUCAAAGUCUUUCAAAAACGAGAACAAUUUAAAAGAACAUUUGAAUUCACACAUGAUUGAAAAACCGUAUAAAUGCGAUUUUUGUGAUAAAAGUUUCGCUAAAUCUGGGGAUCGAAAUCGACAUUUACGAAUUCAUACAGGCGAAAAAUCUAUCGUAUGUUCAUCAUGUGGUGAACGAUUUCCUGAUUCGGGCAGAUUGUCUACACAUAUAAAAAAACAUCAUAUUGGGGUUAAAAAUUUCGUUUGCACAAUUUGUUCAAAAUCGUUCACGUUUGCGCCAGAACUUCGAAGUCAUAUGCGUGUACAUACUGGCGAAAAACCUUAUUUAUGUACGGAAUGUGGAGAAAGUUAUAGCCACUUUAAAGACUUAAAACAACACAGACUACAACAUACAGGAGAACGUCCAUAUGCAUGUACUGAAUGUGACAAAAAUUUUCUCUCAAAUUAUUAUUUAAAAGUACAUAUGCGUUCUCAUACAGGCGAAAAACCAUAUGUGUGUAAAAUAUGUAAGAUGGGUUUUGCUAGAUCAGAUUAUCUUGUUAUACACACUCGAUCACAUACUGGCGAGAGGCCGUUUAGUUGUAAUAUUUGUGAAAAGACUUUUAUAUCUAAUAAAAAUUUAUCACAGCAUAAACGAACUCAUAAUAGAGAAAGAGAGAUUAAAUAGCUUUUUUGGAAAAUAAUCAAUAAAACAACAAAUGACAUUGUAUUAAAAGAACUAAAAAAAUUCGUAUUAAAAGAUCGUAUUAAUUAAAGAAUUAA